AUGACUGGCACUCGCCCGGAGACUCCACCGCGCUACCGCUACAUUCGCAGUGGGACAAGCGACGACGAGCAGGAGAAUGACAGCAACGGCAACACAGUGCUGGCAGCACGGAAGCGUGCAGGGUCAGUGGGACGACCGGUGCUGAUUUCGCGAAGAUUGGAUCGUCAGAGGCACGGUGGCACGCAGGUUCUCAGCGAGGCAGCGGUGCCUCCUCAAUCUGUUUUGCAAGCGCCUGCCCUUUUGGGCCUGGGGUGUAUUGAUGCACCAUUUGGGCUGGACAUGUUUGCUCGCAGGCACCGCCUCGGGCCUGCUGAGAAUAGCAUGUUUACCAUGGACUUCGCUGCAAAUGUCCCCAGCGAGUGCCGCACCUGCUUUGGAAAUGAUCCAAUGGCAUUCAUCCCAGCGGUGCCAGCUGCACCAUCUUUUGCAUGGCCAUGCAUGACGGCCAAGUCUGCGUGUCGAUCACAGAGUGUUGGGACGAACGUUCGCCGAGAGUCUGCAUUCUUGCGGCCAAGUGGCGCAGUUUUCGGUGCACCAGCGCCUGCACCCACCACGGCGCCCCCGCCACCUUCAUGCUCGCACUCUGUCUUUUCUCAUGUGCCACCUCGCUGCCACUCUUUCUCCUGGCAGAGUGCUCCUGGCACAAAUGCAUCUGCAUGCUUGCAACCUGAUGGGCAACAACACCUGCCACCUCAGCGAGGAUCAGAGCCGGUGUUCACGUCGAAGUUCCAGCCUUGCGCUCCUUGCACUCGCAGCACUUUUGCCUCUGUGGAUGAGCAUCCCUCCACUUGGCAGCAAGAGCCGCAAAAGCACAGCGCCUUACAAGAACUACAGCCCCAGCAAGGCAGCAUGCCAAGGGAGACGGACAAGGAUCCUCAGAAGCUUGUGGGGAAGCUCCAAUCAUCUCAGACACAGGUGGAACACGAUCAGUUCAGUGGACGGAGCUGUGAGCAAGCAGCGCCAGACCUGAAUUCAGUGCAAGAUGGCCGUGUCGCAAGGGCUACUCGCAGCGCGUCACGCAGCAAGCCUGAGUUUGGAGGCCCCUUGCAGCCGCAGCCAGGUCUCACAGGGCCUGCCACGAUACCUCAAAGCAUGAGGUCGAAGAUGUCCAGCGCAAGGAUUCUCAUUACCGGCGCGAGUGGCCUACUGGGACGGCAGGUCAUGAAGGCUUUCAGCACCUGGCAGGUGCAGGGCAUUUGCAAACGCCGAGCAAACGUUCCCAACGUUGCCGCUUGUGAUCUAACCAAAGAAGCCGCAGUUGCCCAGCUUAUGGAUCAUUUUCGACCACAUGUCGUCCUUCACUUGGCAGCCGAAUGGCGUCCCGAAGUGCUUCGUCAGCGUCCGGAGCAGGCGAGGCAGCUGAAUGUGGAUGCCACAGGCUUCAUUGCCACGGCAUGCGAGCGCCUUGGUGCUUGGCUUGUGCAUGUCAGUGCGGACUGUGUCUUCGAUGGCACCUCACCUCCGUACACGACCAAUUCCAAGCCCAAUCCACUGAGCGAGUAUGGUUGGCACAAGCUCCACAGCGAGCAGCUUGCGCAAGCAGCCUGUCCGGAAGCAGCGGUGCUCCGGGUCCCGCUUCUCUACGGACCGCUUGCAGAGUCGCUCUCGGAAUCGGCAGUGACGAGUUUAUGCUCCGAUCUCUCGAGCGGCAUUCGCGAAGUGGAUGCUUGGCAACAGUGCUAUCCUACUUGGACCGGCGAUGUUGCCAUUAUUCUGAAGAGCAUGGUCGAGAUGCACUUGGCCGGAGAGUGCUUGAAGGGCAUCUAUCACUUUCAAAGCAGCGAGCGAUUCACAUGGUACGAGAUGAUGCUGAUCGUGGCAAAGGUCGCCGGGUUGGAUGCGUCUGGAAUCUCUGCCGUACGCAGUCCACCUGGGACAUCCCUCCCACGAGAUACCCAGUUGGAUUGCUCCCGUCUGACCCAACUUCUGGGCCGCUGUCCUGAGACACGCCUCCGCGAUGGCCUGCAGCAAUGCUUGCCCUUUCGUGAUGCUUGCGCCGCUCGAGCAGAGCAUGAGCAGGCAGGGGGCACCGUGGAUCCUGACCCCAGGAGUCAUGGUGCCACACUACAGAAGGUCUUCUGGGAGGAGCUCGAGCGAACACGCCGUCGCCUGCGACAGGCAGACACAAAAAAGUUUCAGAGGAGAGAGCAUUGGGUGGCUUUGAUAGCAGCUGUGGGAAGGCUGGUAUCAACCAGCAGCGACGUGCGGAAGGGAGGGGUCGUGGCCGCGACGUUGACGACAAGCUUGCUCAAUCAGGUGUCGAUCGGAUAUUGGACAUUUGCGAACCAGAGCCCAGAGCGUGUCGAAACUGGCACGCAGAUCUUCGAAAGGUGUGAGCCCCGCUUCAAAAUUCGCGAGAAUUUGGCAGCACUGCUCUUGACGGGCAUGCACGAGUGGGCCGAGCUUUGUGACAUCGAUGUGUACUGGCCAGCAGCAUGUGAUGAAGCGGCCGUGUGGGGUUCAGCAGCCCUGGACCUGGACCGCGCCUUGAACAAGGUCAGGCGAGGAGAGCGGAUUGUCUCCUUAUUUCAGACUGGCCCCGGCCAGGGUGUCGGCGAUGCUGGGGCGAUCCAGCUUGCUGAGGCUCUUGAUGGAUGCCAACACCAACCUUUAAAUCAAGGUUUGGUGUUGUUCAGGCUCCGCGGCCAUCAGGUCGGGGAUGAAGGGGCAGAACAGUUGGCUUCCGCGCUCGAGGGUUUUGCAGGCCACAAGCUGCACACUCUUGAUUUAGGUGGCAACCGGAUUUCGGAUGAUGGUGGUGUGCAGCUAUGCAAGGCUAUUUCGCUGAUGGGCCGCCUGCGUAAACUAGACCUGAGCUCCAACAAGCUUGGGGAUCGAGUGACGCAAGAACUGGCUCAGGUAUUGCCCAAAGAGUUGGAGCAGCUGCAGCUGGCAGGCAAUGAAAUCGGAGCUCUCGGGGUCAUGGCUGUGGCAGAAUGCGUGAGCAAGCACCCUCUCAAGGAGCUCAUUCUGAGCGAAAACAAGGUUGGCAAUGAAGGUGCUACGCAUCUUGCAAAAGCCUUCGGCAAGGAUUGUGGCCUGGUGUCGCUGCACCUGUCUUGGUCAGAUGUCGCGGAUGAGGGUGCCAGCGCUUUGGCCGAAUGCCUCCCUCGACAGCAGCAAUUGAGGGAGCUGUGGCUCACGAACAACAAAAUCGAGGACGCUGGUGGUCUUGACCUGGCAGCCGCCAUGGAAGCGCAUGGUCUCUUGAGGCUCUUGGCGCUUGACCGCAACAAGAUCACUGAUCAAGGUAUCACAUGCUUUGUCUCUGCACUCGUCCGCAUGUGCAAGAAGGACCUCACCUGUAGCCUGGGGCAUAACAUUUCCAGCCGCUUCGAUGAGGACACCCUCCGCAACUUGAGUGUUGCAGCGGCAACUGUAAGGACAAUCUGCAAAAGGGCUAUGCGGCUCGACAUGAUGCUGAAGUUCUGGCAGGAUUCGACAUCCGUUGGCCUUGUAGCGCAGCACUCGACCACGGAGGAAGCUGUCGACGUGGUGGUAUUACCCGAGUGCAAAAGGUAUGGUGCUUGCUACGCUGAGUUUUUCCACUCUUGGAGCCCUGAGAGUUACGUGGCGCAUUCGUGGAAGGGCCUCUUGAAAGAUUUGCUGCUCGCGAUCGCCAUGCAUGCGUCUGGCUUUACGCAGCCCAAGCUAGACCCAACUCAUGAACAGUAUGGGCGACGCCCCGAAGCGCUCAUGAGGCGGUACUUCGUAGACAUGUUCUGCAUUGAUCAGGCGAACCGCCUGCCCCGAAUGAAUCCACGGUGCGAGACUGACAAGGUGGACUUUGUCAUUGAAGAGUUGAGUCGGAAAGAAGUCAAGCUCGUUGUGGCAAUGGACAGGGACCAUACUCCCAUGGUGCGUACUUGGUGCCUCGCGGAAGUGUACUUUGCCAAGAAGUCUCGCAUGCAACUCCUGGUGAGUUUCGGUCCCAUUCGAUCAAUGCCGCGACGACGCAAAGGUAUGACAUGGGCAGAGUCGCAGGCUUCGUUAGAAGACGAUCUGCAUUUCUUGAAGCAGGAGAUGCUCCGUGGGCCUGGGAUUGGAGAGAAAUUUGAGGAGGAGGUCAUCAAGCCUCUGCAAAAGCAGACCUUGGAAACAUACCGCGCGGUCUACGAGUUGAUGCCAGUGGAGCAGAAAGAGGAGUGUGAUUGGAUGAAAGCCCAGGAUGAAGCACGGGAGGACAUGAAGAUGUUCGCAGAGAGCGGCAACGUGGAGAAGUUGGGCGAGGCAAUAAAUGCAGGCAUCACAGUGCAAGUUGAGGAAAGCUUCAUGUUGCCAAUGCGGCAGCGGUUUGCCCAACUUGAGGUGGCCCUGACAUUGAACACGGAGGCAAGGUUUACGGUGGAAGAACACAUUCUGGAGCUGAAGCGGACUCUGCUGGCAGCCGAAGAGGCAAGUGUCGAGGAUGCCGAUCUCUUCAGUCGGGCACGACAAAGGCUAUGGGAGCAAGAGGAGGAGGUACGGAGGCAAAAUGAGCGCAAGGCUCUCGUUGCGUUGUCUCAAAAUGGCACCGACGAGGAAAGGCGGGAGGCACGCAAGAUACUUGUCUUCUUGGAGAUGGCAGAUGCUGUCGAGGCUCGAGACUUGGAGGCUUUGCUGCGCUUGGUGCCAGAAGCAGAAGCAGCGGUCGUCGAGUCCCACCAGGAAGAUGAGGUUGCGGCUGGCUGGCGCUUAAUCCGUGAGUUGGAGCUGCUGGCGGCAGUAAAACGCCGAGACCUGAAGGAGAUUCGGCAGCGUCUUGACGCUGCCCGUGCUGUCAAUGUCCAGGAAGAGAAGGUGCUCGAAGCUUCGCGCAAGCUGGCCCUUGGUGAAAUCAAGGAAGGUACGAAACUGCAGGAUGCGGAGAUGCUGCUGCGUGCCCUGGACGAGGGCAGGGCUGCAGGGCUGACGGAGGACCAGUUGUACACAGGCAAGAGCGCUUACCUGAAAAUGCAGGCCGCAGCUGUUGCAGAAAGCGCGGACACGGAGGAUUUUCGAAGCGUCUUGGCCGUGGCUGCUGAAAUGGGACUGCCAGAGCACCAGGACUUGGUGGGAACACGACGCAGGUUGGCGCUGUUGGAAUUGCGUGAAGCUGCCGACGGCACCGGCAGUAGCAAACUCCAACAGUGCAUCCAGUCGGCUAAAGAACAUGGGGUCGACAAGGAUGACAUUGACAAGGGCACCUUCAGGCUAUGUGUCCUGGAGCUGCAGCAGGCCACGGUCGAUUUCGAUUCGGAACGACUCAGGGAUGCCAUGUUGGAAGCCAAGGAGCGAGCGGCACCUGGCGAACUGUUCCCUCCAGCCAAGCGCAAGCUGGCCCUCAUUUUCCCUGAGGCCUUCACAGAGUGGAUGCUCGUCGAGCUGGAAGAGACCCUCGCUGCUCUGGAUGAUGACUCCUCGUCUGGCGGCCUUCGAGCUGUCUUGCAGGAGGCUGCAGAAGCGAAGGUAGAAGAGGAAGACCUGAAGCGCGCGGAGGAGAGGCUUGCAAAGCUCGAAUUACGGGAAGCCGCCACCAUGUCAGACAUUCCAGAGAUUGACCGCAUUCUUAACAACGCUCAAGUUUACGGCUGGGACGUGUCUCAGGGAUCAGCUGGCGCGAUGUACGAGGCUGCUAGCGUCCGCCGUCGAGAGCUGCAAUUCGAGGAGCGGAAAGUGGAUUGCAAGCAAAACUUGGAUCUUGCCGUUCUCACCCUGGACUUGAACAUGAUGCGCCAGUACAUUGAGGAAGCUAAAGAGCUGGGGCUUGACAAAGAGGUGAUCGAAAGAGCCGAGGCAAAGUAUCAGGAGUAUGCGUAG